CCUUAUAAAGGCGAGCACAGGUUGUACCAUCUUAAACUGUUUGCCGGUGGUAUAAGGACAUCUGCAAUCACUUUUCAUCUUUGCAACGUUUAGUUUAUAUAUCGUAUCUCACAUUCUGAAACGACAUGCAAGCUGGAGAAAUUGAAUGUUCCCUGAAUAUGAAUCAGAAAGGCUGGUAGUGUCCCACAUUUUCCAGAGCACCCGAAGGCAACAUGAGUGCCAGCAUUCAGACGCAGCCCAUACAGAUGUUUCCACUUUCUUCUACCUUGUCCGUCCUCUUUGAUUCCUGUGCUGGCUGUGGAGAAGAAAAAAAUGAGAAUACAUGUUUGCCUUUUGGACUCUGAAAAACUACAAAAAAGACACAUUGUGUAGGACAAAUGGUGAAGUCCUCCAAGCAGAGAUGCUCCAGAGAUCUCGUGCUACUUCAGCCCCUGUUCAACACGCUACUGAAACCACAUGAGGAUCGUUAUGAUGAGGAGAAGGAGAUGCUACUUAAAAGGAGAUGUGAUGUGCACGAUGCUUCUACUGGUGCUCCUCUCUUUGUUGCUUUACGUGCGACAGGUCCUUCUGUCCUCUGGGUGGGACAAGCCAACGUGGAAGCUGGAGAUCCUUCGUCCCACCAGUUCCAGUCGGACUCUGCUGGGAACCAAUGGAGCCAGAGUGGCCCAGGAGUCUCUGCAGAAUGGAGUCCGGCCGUAUGAGCCUCAGCUAGCUCCCUGUGAACAGAAGCCAAAACGCCCUCAGCCCAAGUCUAAAGCCAAAGGAAAGUCAAAAUCUCGACAGAAGAGCACCACACCGACCAAGAUGAGCAGUGCUCCCCUGCCAACAAUGCCCCUCUUUGACUUUGAGGGCUAUCUGCGAGAGAAGGACAACCGCAACUUUCAGCUGCUCAUAGAUCAACCACAGAAAUGUCAGCUGGGAGGAUCCCGACAAGCUGGAGAAAGUCCUGAGCUCUACAUGCUCAUUGCAGUGAAGUCCAUCGCUGCAGAUUUUGAUAAGCGGCAGGUGGUACGUAGGACCUGGGGCAAAGAAGGCAGAUCUAUUCGUACUGUCUUCCUCCUGGGGGUACCCAAGAAUCGCACUGCUUUGCCUCUGUGGAAUCAGCUGCUGACAUAUGAGAGUCAAACCUUUGCGGACAUCUUGCUGUGGGAUUUUGAAGACACCUUCUUCAACUUGACCCUAAAGGAGACCCACUUUCUGGAAUGGGUCAACCAUACCUGUCCUAAUGUCAAGUUCAUCUUCAAGGGGGAUGCUGACGUUUAUGUGAAUGUAGAGAACAUCCUGGAGAUGCUGCAAGGUGAAAGGUCAGACAAGGAUCUUUUUAUCGGGGAUAUAAUUGUCAAUGCCAAACCCAUUCGGCGCCGCACUUCCAAGUACUAUGUGCCAGAGUUUGUGUAUGGCAGUGCUUUAUACCCAUCUUAUGCCGGUGGAGGAGGCUUCGUCAUGUCUGGGUAUACAGCACGGAAACUCAGCGCUUCCUGUCAACAGGUGGAGCUGUUCCCCAUUGAUGAUGUGUUUUUGGGAAUGUGCCUCCAGCUGAUCGGCAUCAAGCCAUCACGCCACCACGGUUUUCGAACCUUCGGCAUUCCUCGUCCAUCAGCAGCACCUCACCUCCAGACGUUCGACCCGUGUUUUUACCGGGACCUCAUGGUGGUUCACAGCCUCAGUGUGCCCCAGAUAUGGCUGAUGUGGAAUCUGCUGCACGACCCCAAACUGAGCUGUCACAACAGGACCAGACCCACAUUGGGAUCAUUCAAAUGGAGGAUGGGGGAGUCCGAAGGGGAAGGGGAGACUGACUAUGAUGAGAAGCAGGUGUUUGUCACGCAUGAUUAACUUUAGGUAGUGAAGAUGGAGGAUAAAAUAAGACGACCAUCUUGAAAGGCCCGAGUCAUGACACCUGAGCCAAAUCGGCGGACGAUCCCAAAAACAUAUUCUCUUCAGUUUGUUUUGUUUUCUUUACCUUAAGGAGCAUUAAGAAAACAUUCAGGCUUUUAGUUUUUAAUAUAUCAAAGGACUGCUGUUGCACAGCUGGUAUGGGUAGUCUUCAAUGUCUUACAACUGUGUUGUCACAAAAUGUAUCACAAAAUCUGAUUCGAUUGAUUAAAUCUGUUCAAGUGUAAGUGCAGUAUAAGCAGUCCAAUUGUAAAUGGGCAUGAGAACGGAUCGUCUGUUGAGAAUCCUUUGCAAUGUUCGGGUUGUUGAUCAAUUAAUAGAUGAACAAAAUGGACUUUGAUGAUGUUGAUGCUUCAGACAUCAUCACUGUGUUUCAUUCCUUCAGUGUUUUGAAACUUUUCAUUGGCUCAUGGCGUUUCGACGCAUUCCGAGCCAAUGACAGCUUGACAGAUUUGGUUUUGAUUUUGGUGCCAUACACACUGUUUAAAAUGCAUCAUUGAGUCAGUUGAGAUUUGAAGAGUGAGAGUAUUUUUGUAAGUGAACCAUACCGAUCCACAAAUGACAAACCGUUAUCUUUAAAGGCUUUCCUUAAAAACACCAUACGCACACAGGGGUUUCUGUAUUCAUACAAUGAUCAUUUGCAAAGUAGGAAGGAUCUCUCAUCCUGUUUGGGAGAUUUUGGAUAUUUUCUGAAUAUAGUUCACAGCUUUAAAUAAACCCUUAACCACAAU